GGAGCUCCGGCGCCCCUAGCGGGAUUCUCCAUUCCCACCAUCUGAAACCACCACAAAUUAGGGGCGUAAUCGCUUGCCUCUCUAUACUGUUCCGUCAAACUCUAUGAUAGCGGAGGGCGCGCCGCUCACCUACCGCGGCGCAAGACCUAGCCCGUCUUUCCGCACAAAGACUGCGGGAAGAGGAGUCAGCGCAGGCGCUCUGAGUCUCCUAGAGAAUCGGGUCAUCAUCCCGCCUCCCGGCGAGGGGAGGAUCGCUUGACACAUGCUCCGUGAGGACGCUCAGGACCUAUUUCACGCUGGGGACGGCGGUGACGUAAUGACCGAGGAGGAGGUGGUCAAGGAACGGAAGCCGGGAAGGAACUAGGGCGGAAGGGGACCAGGGCCGGGGUUGUGUUCGGUCCUUGGCGGGGCUGGGGUUCCGAUGUGGUCCCCGGAGCGGGAGGCCGAGAUCCCGGCCGGGAGAGACCCCGCGGGCCUACUGCCCCCCGAGUGGGAGGAGGAUGAGGAGCGCAUGUCCUUCUUGUUCUCCGCCUUCAAAAGGAGCCGCGAGGUGAACAGCACCGACUGGGACAGCAAGAUGGGCUUCUGGGCGCCGUUGGUGCUGAGCCACAGUCGCCGCCAGGGGGUGGUGCGCCUGCGUCUGCGGGACUUGCAGGAGGCCUUUCAGCGCAAGGGCAGCGUCCCGCUGGGGCUGGCCACCGUGCUGCAGGACCUGCUGCGUCGAGGGGAGCUGCAGCGAGAGUCAGACUUCAUGGCCAGUGUGGACAGCAGCUGGAUCUCCUGGGGAGUUGGCGUCUUCCUGCUGAAGCCCCUCAAGUGGACGCUGUCCAACAUGCUGGGGGAUAAUAAGGUUCCUGCCGAGGAGGUGCUCGUGGCUGUGGAGCUGCUUAAGGAGAAGGCUGAGGAGGUGUAUCGUCUGUAUCAGAACUCCCCUCUCUCUUCCCACCCUGUGGUGGCCCUGUCGGAGCUGAGCAACCUCUGUGCGGGCUCCUGUCCGGAUGAGAGGACCUUCUACUUGGUGUUGCUGCAGCUGCAGAAGGAGAAGAGAGUCACAGUCCUCGAGCAGAAUGGGGAAAAGAUUGUCAAGUUUGCCCGGGGGCCGCAUGCCAAGGUCUCUCCUGUCAACGACGUAGAUGUUGGAGUUUACCAGCUGAUGCAGAGUGAGCAGCUGCUCUCCCGCAAAGUGGAGUCCUUGUCCCAGGAAGCAGAGAGGUGUAAAGAAGAAGCCCGCCGGGCAUGCAGAGCAGGAAAAAAGCAGCUGGCGCUGAGGUCUCUCAAGGCCAAACAACGGACGGAAAAGCGCAUCGAGGCCCUGCACGCCAAGCUGGACACUGUGCAAGGCAUCCUGGACCGAAUCUACGCCUCCCAGACGGAUCAGAUGGUUUUCAAUGCCUAUCAGGCAGGGGUAGGAGCACUAAAACUCUCCAUGAAGGAUGUCACGGUGGAGAAGGCAGAGAGUCUUGUGGAUCAGAUCCAAGAGCUGUGUGACACCCAGGAUGAAGUCUCUCAGACUCUGGCCGGUGGGGUAACUAAUGGCUUAGACUUUGACAGUGAGGAACUGGAGAAGGAAUUGGACAUCCUUCUUCAGGAUACCACCAAAGAACCUAUGGAACUGCCUGAUAACCCCCAUGAGACGUUUUAUACCAACAGUGUGCCUAACCCUAGGAUCUCGGACGCUGAACUUGAAGCUGAACUUGAGAAACUGUCCUUAUCAGAGGGAGGUUUGGCCCCAAGCAGUAAAUCUCCAAAAAGGCAACUGGAGCCGACUCUCUAAAGCCAUUGUAGGACCCUCAAUUGAAGGACCUCUUGUAAAAGAGAGACCGGGCUUGUGUUUGUGUACAUAGUUAUUUAAAUGAGAAACUUUCAAAACUUGUUGAAGAGGAGGAAGGAGAACCACUCUGAUUUAUCUGGAUGCUACCACUACCAGCAGGACAGAUACAACUUUCUGGAAGUGUGGUCCACAGGCUUGCUCCCAGCUGGUAUCAUGGACCUGCCUUCUCAUCUUUAUAGUGCCACAAUUUAUACAGUCCUGUGUGUGACCCGUCGUCUCUCAUAGCCUGCAGUUCUUGCCAUUGGCUCAGUUAGGUUUGUCUUCACCCACCAGCUUUGUUCCAGCCAAUGAAGGUGAAAGAUUUGCAGCUUUGCCAAAUCAAAGUCAGUCCUCCUCCCCCAGCCCCACUGUUUUUUAGAGACAUUUAUUCUGUCUGUGAGGUCAGUUAGACAACUUGUUCCAGUCCUACUCUAGUUGCAUUGGUAAAAAGAAGAAUGAAAACCAAACAGCUGCCACUUUAUGGAGAAACCUGCAAGAUAAGCUCUAGGAUCUUCCUCAGUUCUCCAGGUGUUCAGAAAAAGAGAUCGCCCCUAGGUGUCUGGGAGCCCUCACAGCCGGUGAGGGACCUGUGUGGCUGGCGGAUGCUGCUGCAGAAGAAGACCUGACUGGAGGAAGGGUUACUCCUGACCCUUUGAACUUGAGGGGGAAAGCCCAGGUGACGUCAGGGCCCCAAAUGUCCAACCCCCAUAUGAUUUUUUAAAGAGGCACAAUCUUUGCCUUGCCCCCAUCAUGAAAUAACAUAAAUCUUUGUAUCAAAACAAACUACACAACAACACACCUCCCCUCGAGCCUGGCACACAGCAAUGGUUUCCUUGUUUGGAUUUCUAAAAGCAUUUUACUUUGUCGCCCACUGACAGGGCAGGGAUCCGAGCCAGGCGGUGCAAUAGAAGCAGAAGAGGUGGCCUUCUGCUGUGUCUGCUGUGUGCGUUCCUGCCCUGCCUCCCAAGCCCUGCCUCCUUGCCCCUUUGGUGAACUGGGGAGGGUGGCAUGGGGACAGACAGAAAUGGGGCUGAGUGCUCUGGCAAUGGGGAGAAGAAAAGGCGCCAGCACGCUGCAGCUCUGCUGCUCCAGCCUGCGCCCCUGUCCUUCCUGCGUGAGGGGGUGUAGAGCACAGGAGGAAUUUGCUCCAGGACAGGAGCAUGAAUCACACUGUUCAACAAAUCUCUCUCCCACUCUCCCUUGGUAAACUGAAAUAUUAGGGUGAAGAGAAACAAUCACUAUUUUUUCUUUUUUAUCUGGUAAAAGAAUU